AUGAAAGCACGUGUAAAUGGAAAAGCAACUUUGGUAUUCUACACUGGUAUGGGCGUCGAAAACUAUAAACGAACUAACACUUAUCAGAUAUGGGAUGUCAUCUCUGGAAAGAAGGUAGGAAAAGGAAGGAGUUAUCUGCGGUUACGAUCGAAAACUAAACCACCUUGUGGCUGUGAAUUUGAAAAGCAUGUCGAGAGGAACAAAGCAUUGGAAAUGGAUCUGCAAACACAACUCCUAAUCCUGCAACAAAGCAUCCCGUGGUAUCUGUGCAAAAACUGA